GCUGAAGGUCUGGCCCUGAUCAACCUCUGCCUUUGCCCUGUGGGGCCAGCUCCACUCCAGGACUGAAUAAAGAGACUUUACCACCUCCAUGGCAACUGCGUCUUCUGCACUGGUACCCUGACCUUGGGGAGACACCCUGAAACAUCUGGCCUCCUGACUAGAGUGCCUCUGGAUAAUUACACUGUCACCCACAGCAGUGGGCACCUGCUGUGAGCACGUACUGUGUGCUAGGGAUGAGAGGUGAGGAGAGGGCCACAGCUCUAGGACAGCACGGUACCAGUGUCCCAUCAACAGAAAAUGGAGUUUCUCUUUCUGGGCCAGUCUAUCCCAGAAUGAGAGCAACCUUGGGACCAAAGGUAAGCAGGAGCAGGCCAGGUCAAAGGGCAAGAGAGGAAGCAGAAGGAGCAGCACAUGCACAAAGCUUGGAGUGUUCAAGGAAACCAAGAGGAGAAAUGUGGACACGGGGCGAAGGGCCCACCACUCCAGGCCCGCUGUGUGGUGCCCAGGGGACACGCCUCAGUGAUAGCCAUGCUCUGGCUCUCUUGUGGGUCACCUCAAGUCAGGCGCACACCCAGCGCCAGCAGGGAACCAGAGCACCAGAGCGGGUGGAGGAGCUCUCAGAGCGGUCCCAGCUGCUGCCCAGAACCCCCCUGGGCACCCUCGGUGAUGCCUCUUCGCCCUGUCUGGUUGGCCUGGUGCAUGCCCCACAUCUCCAGUCCGCACUGGUUCCUCUGAGUCCCGCCCCCAAGUCCAAGCCCCUAUGGCUGGCAGGGGGACAGCGAGCCAAGGGCGGGUGAGCAUGCAGGAGCACAUGGCUAUCGACGUGAGCCCAGGCCCCAUCCGGCCCAUCCACCUCAUUUCCGACUACUUCCCACACUUUUACCCCUUCGCUGAGCCCACCCUGCACACUCCAGACCCACACCCUACAGUGACCCCCGCCAUCUGCUCUGCACCCCAGCUGGACCCAGAGCCAGAGGGAGACUCAGACGACAGCACUGCCCUUGGCACCCUCGAGUUCACGCUCCUUUUUGAUGCAGACAACAGCACCCUGCACUGCACAGCACACUGUGCCCAGGGCCUCAAGCCACCAGCCUCAGGCUCCGUGGACACCUAUGUCAAAGCCAAUCUGCUGCCAGGGGCCAGCAAGGCCAGCCAGCUGCGGACACGCACGGUUCGGGGCACAAGGGGGCCUGUCUGGGAGGAGACACUCACCUAUCAUGGCUUCACCCUCCAGGACGCCCAGCGCAAGACCCUGUGGCUGUGCGUGUGUGAGGACCCACGGCUGCGGCGACGGCGGCGGGCGACUCCACUUGGGGAGCUGCGGGUGCCCCUGAGGAAGCUGGUGCCCAACCGAGCCAGGAGCUUCGAUGUGUGUCUGGAGAAGCGGAGGCUGACCAAGAGGCCCAAGAGCCUGGAUGCAGCACGUGGCAUGUCUCUGUACGAGGAGGUAGGUAGGAUGGCGGGACCCACACAGGGAUGGAGGCGGGACGAGGUGGAGGCGGCUGGGGAGGACCGCGGGCGCAUCCUGCUGUCUCUGUGCUACAGUUCUCAGCGCGGCGGGCUGCUGGUGGGUGUGCUGCGCUGUGCCCACCUCGCCCCCAUGGACGCCAAUGGCUACUCGGACCCCUUUGUCCGCCUUUUCCUGCAUCCAAAUGUGGGGAAGAAAUCUAAAUACAAGACCAGUGUUCGGAAGAAGACCCUGAACCCUGAGUUCAACGAGGAAUUCUUCUAUGCAGGCCCAAGGGAGGAGCUGGCCCAGAAGACGCUGCUGGUAUCAGUAUGGGAUUAUGACCUGGGCACAGCCGACGACUUCAUUGGUGAGUGGGAAUGCGGGGUAGCUGGAGUGGGGGGCCCAAUGGGCUCCCACAUGGCUCCUGACCUGUCCCCCAACCCAGGCGGGGUGCAACUGAGUAGCCAGGCCAGUGGGGAGCGCCAGCAGCACUGGCAUGAAUGCCUGGGCCACAGUGACCACCGGCUGGAGCUGUGGCAUCCACUGGACGGUGCGCCCCUCCAGCUCAGCGACUAGUAGGGGCACCCGGCUUGGCCCUGCUCCCUGCCUCUCCCCUAGACUGACCCACAGCAGUGUCCAUGGAGCUGCCUCACCCACGAUGCCCAGCUCCUAGUCAAUUUCUCCCUUCCUUCUGCCUGUUCAAACUCACCCCACUGCCAAAUCAUGAAGCAAGAAUAAACCUCUU